CAAUGUUAGCGAUACGCUCUUAUGGAACUAUUCUACUUGUUGGGACCCAGUGCUGUACUGUGUUCUCCAUGUAGUGAAGCGACCCCCAGCGGCCAUUCGCGGGAAAUGUGAGGCCUAGCGGCUCCUCGAAACUCCCCGCACCACCACAGCCCUGUUUAUGCGGAAGGUCCCCUCCAGGCCCGCCGGGAUUCCCAGCGCGCUGCUCCGCACACAGCUCUCCGCCGCCGCGUUCGCAAUCGGCAUCGCCGCCCCUGCUUCUAGGGAGCCAUAAAGGCUCACUGUGCCCCUUUCCUUCGGACUGCUGGCCUACGGCUUGUCUAUCAGUGUCCUGGUCUGAACUACAAUCAUGUCAGGCAUCAAACGGCAGAUCGAAGACAAGGACCCUGACUACGAAGACAUUUCAGUCGUACGUGACAACAAACGGCUCAAAGUAGUGGAACAGAAUGCACGAGAGGCAACUGUGCAGAAGAUCGAAGCCAUCAUUAAAGACCAGUUCUCCUUGGAAAUGAAAAACAAAGAGCAUGAGAUUGAAGUGAUUGGACAGCGCCUCAAUGAAGCACGGCGAAUGAUGGACAAGCUGAGAGCCUGCAUCGUGGCCAAUUACUAUGCCAGUGCAGGGCAGCCAAAGGUCCUGGAAGCUUCCAGAAGCGACACCUCUGUGCUGAACCACCCCGCAAUAAGGCGGUUCCUGGAGUCACCCUCACGCUCUUCCUCACCAUUCAACCAGGGCUCCGAUGUUCCUUCCCUGGUCCCAUCUGAGACUGAGUCAUUGUCCCAGUUGACGGAGGGCCCAGAGCGAGAGGAGGCACCAAAACUGGAUCGCGUGGUCAGCCGCACUGUGGGCAAGGACACUUUCGGGGGGCGGGUCCCUGCCGAUGGAGAGCAGCGGUUCGUCUACCACGCUUCUGGAGAAGACUCAUACCGCUUAUAUGUGAAGAAGACCAUCGUAGUUGGGAAUGUCUCUAAGUACAUCCCUCCAGACAAGAGGGAGGAAAAUGACCAGUCGACACAUAAGUGGAUGGUGUACGUCAGGGGGUCCAGGAAAGAGCCCAGCAUUGACCACUUUGUCAAGAAGGUCUGGUUCUUCUUGCACCCCAGCUACAAGCCCAACGACCUUGUGGAAGUCAGUGAGCCUCCUUUCCAUCUCACCCGCCGGGGUUGGGGGGAGUUUCCUGUCCGGGUGCAGAUCCACUUCAAAGACCCUCGAAACAAACGCAUCGACAUUAUCCACCAUCUCAAACUUGACAGGACAUACACUGGUCUGCAGACGUUGGGAGCAGAGACGGUGGUGGAUGUGGAGCUCCACAGAAGCUCCUUGGGGGAGGACCAUGUCUUCUUGUCGUCUUCUUCCUGCUCAUCUCCCAUACAGCAGACGACCCCUGCCCACCCUCCUGGUGCCUCAGCCACAGUGGGUUGCCCCCCAUCCCCCAUGCCGCUUGCUCAGGACUCGCUCACUGCCAUGGAGAAAGGUUUACCUGUCAGGGGCGAGGCUGGCCGUUUGACCGCCUACAAUGUCCACCCGUCUGAGCGAACACCAACCCGACCAAAACUUGUGGAGAAGAUCACUCUUGGUUCCCAUGGCAACUCUGCUUUUCAGCCAAUCACAGCCAGCUGCAAGAUUAUACCUCAGGGGCAGGUGCCUAAUCCUGCAGAGUCUCCUGGGAAGUCCUUUCAACCGAUCACCAUGAGCUGCAAGAUAGUGUCAGGUUCACCCAUCUCCACACCCAGCCAUUCUCCCCUUCCACGCACUCCAACUUCUACGCCUGUACACAUGAAGCAGGGUUCAUCUGUCAUUAGCAACCCUUACAUCAUUGUGGACAAGCCCGGUCAAGUCAUUGGCAUGCCCUCUCCUGCACUGUCCUCCGCAGGGAGUCCAACAGGCAAGCAGAUGCCCCCUGCCCAGGUGCCCCAAAGCCCUCGCUCCCCAGCCCCCUCGGUGCAUGCCAGCGGUUUUCUCUCCUCCGGGGUAAAGGUCAUCAUAAAACAGGAGCCGGGAGAAGUUUCUACAAGUCAGCCGCAGCAGAUACUGGUUUCCACAGCGGCCUCACAGCAGUCGGCUCCUCAGCAGUUUGUUUCAGUGAAGGGGGGUCACAUGAUUGCUAUAUCACCUCAGAAGCAGAGCACAAGUACCCCUGUUGCGGGGGCAACACAGAGCAAGGUCGUGGGCAUCCCAGUAGGGUCUGCUCUGCAGUCUGCCGUGAAGCAGGUAGCCAUUAGCAGCGGGCAGAUCCUCGUGGCCAAGUCAGCCCCAGCCGUCUCCAAGAUGAUGAUGGGACAGAAGCAGGUGAUCGCACAGGGUGUGGCGAAGGCUAUUGUGAGCGGGGCUGGCGGGACCAUAGUAGGCCAGCAGGUGCAGACUACCACGAAGGCUGCAAGCUCUUCUGGAGGUGCCAAAGUCGGAGGUCAGGGGUCAGUAAUGGCCACACUGCAGCUGCCAGCCAACAACCUGGCAAGUUUAGCCAACCUGCCUCCAGGCACGAAACUGUACCUGACCACCAACAGCAAGAACCCUUCAGGCAAGGGAAAACUGCUGCUCAUCCCCCAGGGAGCCAUUCUGCGUGCCUCCAAUCCCUCAGGUCAGCAGGGUCAGGCCACAUCGCCUGCAGGGGUGGCGACCUCCCAGAUCCAGCCCACCACAAACAAUAACAGCAGUACCAGCAGCAGCAGCACCACCAGCCUACCGUCAAGCCUGUCCUAUACCUCGUACAUCCUCAAACAGACCCCACAAGGCACCUUUCUAGUGGGCCAGCCUGUGCCGCCAGGGUCUGGGAAACCUGGAACGAGCUCGUUGGGUAGCACUGUGUCCUCCACAACCACUGGGUCCCAGCAGGCUAUUCGGGUCACAGCCAGCCAGAAGGCUGCCAUCCUUGCUCAGGUGGUGGGAGGGUCCCAGGCAUCCCAAGUAAAGCUGACAGAUAGCAUGGUAAAGACUGUGACGGCAGCAGCAGCAGCCCAACUGUCCAAACCUGGCACUACUACAGUGAGGAUGACUGGUGGCAUGAUCACAGCGACCAGUUCAACUACCUCAUUGCCAAGUGAUGCCAUAGUCACCUCCUCCCAGCAGCAUACUGAAGGAGUUGGCCUCAGUUCUCCGCAAACCGCAGUCAAACCUAUGAUUUCACACCCAGUCCUAGUUGCAGCCAGCCAGGCAGCAAUUGCCAGCGGAACCAAGGCCACCAUCUCUGUGCCGAAGGGCACUGGCCUUACUGCUGUGGUGACCGUUGCCAAAAGUGUGAACGUGCCAGUCAUCAGCUUGGCAAAGGGAGCAGGAUCCACAUUGGUGGGAGGAACCAAAAGCGCAAGUCCGUCCCUCAUGGCUGCGGCCUCCCUUGUUGCUACCGGCAGCAGUGCUGUGAGUGGGAAAACGGCCACUACCCUCUCAGGCAUGCUAAAGAUCCACUCUGGCAACACCACUGCCCAGCAGACUGUGCUCACCAUUCCAGCCAACCAGCUCAAGCAACUGGGGGUCAGCAGCAACACUGGGGGGCUCCAGACUAUACUGAUGCCUGUGAGCAAAGUUGUGCAGUCCAGUUCAGCAGUGAAAGCUCAAGCAAACAUUCCACCCGGAUCCAGCUCCGUCAUCACCAGUCCACUUGUCUCCAGCAUUCCCACACAGGUUGCAGCCUCAGUACCUUCCACACCUCAAGUGAAGACUGAGCCCAGCUCGGUGGGACAGCUCAGCAGCAAUAGCGGCACUAUGCAUCCUGAGACAACAGGAGCUGCCCCUGCCCUCAGCCCCACUUCUGCACCUGUGCCCUCCCCAGUAGCCCCAGCAGCAUCCGUGAAAGUGGAGCAGGAAGUGGACAUGCGCCACAACCUCAUUGAUACAGAGCAUAUUGAAAACCUGCAGCAAUUGCUCACUGCUGCUGUGAAAAAGUUUCCCCUCAUCUUCCCUGAGAAAACUGAAGACUCGCACCCAUUUUGUGCAUCCUCAUUGGAGCAGUACUACUCCUGGAACAUCGGGAAACGCCGUGCUGCAGAGCUCCAGCGAGCACAGGCAGUGAAGAGGUUGGUCCAGUAUGUGCUGGAUACAGUCCCCAGCCUGCAGACUUUGAUGUCCCCCAAGACCAGAGAAGUGGUGCAAUGGUGUAGGCAUCGUGGGUACACCCCCCCUGACCCGGAGCCCCAGGGCAACGAGGAAAACUCUAUCGAAGAUAUCCUCACCCAGAUUGACAAUGAACCAGAAUACCCAUCAACCCUUCAGGAUGCGGAGGAGCUGUGCCAGAGGCUGGAGGAACUGCAGGCUCUGCUCAAGACUGAGCCAGAGGCAGAGGAUGAGCUGCUGGAUGUUGUGGGUGUUCAGGAAACACCUUCUAGGGCAACCAUAAAGCGGGAGGACCAGAAGCCCAAUGAGGAGUUGCAUUUUUUCCUGGGCCCCUCACCUGCUGCUCAGUUUGUCAGGGACACUGCCCAGCAGAUUGGUGUGUCCUUGCAGCAUGUGGAGCUAGAGAAGAAUGUCUACAGCCCAGUAGUGGAGGAGAUGAUCCUAAAGGCCAUGGAGCAGUUUGCCAGUGACAUCCUGAGGGAGGCACUUGCCAGGGCAUAUCUGAAGUCAUCUCAGAACAGGGCUCCCAAGGAGAUUACGGCUAUGGACAUCCAUCAGGCUGUAGCUGGCAUCCCCGCAUGCGAUUUCCUCACCAACAGGUUCAUGGGCUUUCUGGUGAAGGACAGGACCCGCACAGACUAGGCAUGUUCAAGCAGCAGGAGGAGCUCACAUGCUGCAGAUAUCCACGACACGACCAACGGGAUGAACGUGUUCUGUUGGAGCCCUUAGGCAGCCAUAUGAAACUGAAUUAUCCUGAGCUCAGGACUCCUGCCCUCGCGUCAUUAAAACCAUUUUCGUAUAGGAGCCGUUGCAGAUCCCUGCACAAUACACCAGUGUGCCCAUGCACAAUAAAAAUCUUCUUUGGAAAUAAAGGCUCCCACUGGCUCCGAAUGCCUUGAGCUGAGAGCUGCCUCACAGGUUGCCUUGUUUCUUACUGCAGCGUGAGGAGGAGGCUUCGGUUUGGUGCAGUGCCCAGCCGUUAGUUUUGUGAGCUGCUGCUUCUUUCUCUCUAAUGUUCCAGACUGUGAAGUGUCUUUGACCUCAGUCCAGAAGUUGACUUAAAUUCAGUAGGUACAAGCAUAUGUUUUUUAAAGAACGUGCACGCACUGGUCGUUCCGGACCAGGGAUGAGUUGCUCUUUCUGUACACAAGAUUGUAUUGCUGUGUGUCUUCACACAGCUCUCAAGCACCUGACAGCACAGGCACGCUUCUGGGUUUGACUUGGGACUGUCCUCAUCAGUCCUCAAGAUGGAGUCUAAUCAUAACAGGGCAGUUCCACACUGAGACCACACUACCCAAGCUUGUUCUAAUUUACUAUGGUUAUUUGUGUCUUUUACAAACGUUUUUCUUUUAAAGCAGACUAGGCAGGCAACCCUACUGUGGUAAAAAUCACUAUCACGAUUAGCAGAGUGAAGUUAGACUGGAGAUCUUGAAGUUCAUAAUUACCUUUUCCAGUUAUAGCGGUGGGAUAUGUUUUGUCAUAAGUGAACUUCUGGCAGGUUUGGGAUUAGUCUAACUGCUGGGUUGUGACAUGUAACACAGAUGACCAGGUCCUUAGUGCUGCUAUGGCAGGGCUAUGUCUUUCAAGUAAGAACUGUGUAGAUGCUCCUAAAACCUUCUAUGUCUAACACUCAUUCUUUUUUUUUUUUUUUUUUCCCCCUAUUAAUUCAGCUAAACAAAGACAUUACUUAGCUGUUUGUUCUGAAUGAUUUGGUCAGUGUUCCACAAAGCAUUUUAUCAGUUUUAUGACCGUGACAUUGUCACAUGUUGGGAAAGACUUGAUACAUAUUCAGGUACAGUGUUAAUUUCUACAUGGAGAUCAUGACGGUUCUCCCCCCACAGUUUUCAGUGUGUUGCCUGUAAUGUCAAUAUAUGAUGUGACAUUUUUACAUUGUGUUCAGAAUACUGUGUUCGAUGGGUCCAAAAUGUAUUACUGUCCUGUAGAAAAAAAAAAUGUUGCAAAGUUGUAGCUUUGCACAUGGACAUGCUUCACUCUUAAAAUGUUCUCGUUAGAAAGACAUGCUGUUAAUCUUUUUUUUCCCCCAAAGAACAGAACGUACUACAGUAUAACUAAUUAAGGGUUGCUAGUUAACCCGUAGAAUCACUACUAACCCUAGAAUCAGUAACGAACCUUUCCAGAGUCUUAUUUCACACACUGCACGUAUUACACACAGAUCUUAGAGGCUUGCGUUUUGUGUGCCACAGAAGAAGUGACCAGUACGUCUUUUAUUUUAAUCUGUUGAAUUUCAUGUCCUAUCAGAAACGUCAUUAAGGGUGGGGGGCGGGGGCUGGCUACCACAGCACCUGCAAGUUGUACAAUUGUGAAAUAGUGGAAGGUACAGAAGCCCAUGGGUGUGUAGAUCCUCAGACUGAACCCCAAACCUUCCACAUGGUACUUCAGUCAGUAUGCACCAAACUACAACAGAUCAGUGUGGUCAUUUAUGACCGAGGUCACAUGAUGAUACUCUGUUUUUACAGUGAAGAUCAAAAUUGAAUUUAUACAGUUCUGUUAAACAGUUGGUUUUUGAAUACUGUUGGUUGACAAGGGGUGA